GAACGUAAUGAUAGAGUUAAGCCUGGCGUAAGAUUUGUCAAAUAAAAUGUGGCGCUUCAUCUAAAAUGAUCUUUUUCUGUCUUAAUUCUUAAGUAUUCUUUUUGGCUUUGCUAUUUUCGUAUAUUGGUUAUUUAUAGGGUUGUUGAUUACUCCAAGUUGGAAUGAAUGGACUGAAAUGAGAGCCGGAUUAAAGGGUUAGGUCAUGUCACUAGGUUAAGCAUAGAGGGUGGGCUGUAAGCACAUGAUUGGACACGUUUGGCAGUCUGUAAAUGGUGGAAGGAAAUACAGCCAGGAUGUGCCGGCCCAUUGGGAGUCCCACUCUGUCUGAAUACUCGCACCAGCACGCUCACUACAACUGAAACUACACAUACUGCCAGACACACAGCCUUUAAUGCCUAUGGAAUUAACCAGGUUUGUGUUGUGCUGGGGUGUUUAUAUAUGAGCGGGAUGUUGACUUUGUCGUCUGUGAGCUAUAGUUAAUGGGGAUCUUGUUCCUGGGUAGUUUUUUUUGUUUUGUUGUUAUUUGUUUUUAUGUGUACACUUGUGAAGCUAAGUAUUUGUCCGAUUGUUUCCUGGAUUAUAAAUUCCCUUCAGAAUUACUCCUAUUUUAUAAUGUAUUUACAAGAAGGCAGUAAACUAAAUGGAGGGAUAUUGUUCAUUUGAUUAAGGUUGAGCUGGUAUGAAGUAACUUUAUUUUCUGUCUGAGGGUGAAUGAUCUGCCGAGCAGAAACACCAUAUUACUGCACCAGUAUGGAUUGUGCACUGUAAUUGAGUUGUGUAUUUCAGGGAAACAUUGAUUUUUUUUUUUCUCUUGUGGUGUUAUGAGGGAGUGAUGUGCUAAAUAAAUGACUUGGGUUCUGUGAUAUCUGAGCGUUGAUAUCCUAUUGUAAAUAAUAGCACUGCAUCGCUAAAAGGUUUUCUUGUUCUCUGUGGUUGUUCACUUGUAGCUGCACAGAAACCUGAUCACCUCUCUCUUUAACAACUGUAAUUAACACAACGCUGUUUUUUGCCUCUGCAUGCAUUUCAUAACCAGAUGGAAACGAAAAAAUAUUAUUAUUAUGGGUUGUUUUUGGUUUUUUUUGUUGUUGUUUUUUUUUUUUACUUUUUGGUAACCCAACCCCAAAAUGUUUAAAGUAUUUUGGACCGUUGAGGUUUGUUGAUUUAUGGGCCUGUGUUUUCAGAAGCGCUUGCUUGUUGACAUGCUCGCUCACAGGGAGUUGUUCUCUGACACACUGGCAGGAACAAUAACAACAACAAAACACUGUUUGGACUUGUCUAUCGUCAUAGAGACAGCACACAUCAACGUUUUGGGAGACUGUAAAAGCAGAAUUAUUGCCAUUAAUUGUCAGCAUGCUCAGGUGCCUGUUUCGCUGGCCAUGAUGACCCCUCAGGUGAUCACGCCUCAGCAGAUGCAGCAGAUCCUUCAGCAGCAAGUCCUGAACCCGCAACAGCUCCAGCUGCUAUUACAGCAACAACAGGCUCUGAUGUUGCAGCAACAACAGCUCCAGGAGUUCUACAAGAAGCAGCAGGACGAGCUCCGACUGCAGCUCCUCCAGCAGCAGCACACUGGCAAAACCAGUAAAGAGCAGCAGAUGCUUGCCCAGCAGAUGGCUGUCCAGCAACAGCUUCUCUCUCUUCAACAGCAGCAUUUGCAGAGGCAAGGACUGCUGACUCUCCCGGCCACAGCACUCACCUCACUGCCCCAGAGUCUGAUUCCUUCAGAGCUGCAGCAGUUGUGGAAAGAUGUGACCGAGGUUAGAUCGGAGGAAAAGAGCAGUGGUGACAAGUCACCUUCUUCUUCUAAACCGUCUGUUCUUAACCAGCAGCCCAGUACCAAUGGACACCACACACCCCGGCCAAUCAGGAGAGAGAGUUCACAGGAGGCCCAGAGCAAUCACCCGCUCUAUAGCCAUGGUGUGUGUAAGUGGCCUGGCUGCGAGGCUGUGUUAGGAGACUUCCAGUCAUUCCUCAAGCAUUUAAACAGUGAGCAUGCACUGGAUGACAAGAGCACAGCUCAAUGCAGAGUUCAGAUGCAGGUUGUUCAACAGCUUGAACUGCAGCUAGCAAAAGACAAAGAACGUCUCCAGGCCAUGAUGGCCCACCUCCAUGUCAAAUCUACUGAGUCUAAGCCAACUCCACAGCCAGUGAAUUUGGUUUCCAACCUCACACUGGCUAAGGCCACUGCUCCCAAGCCCACUCCCUCCAUGAGCCUUUCCCAGAGUGCCACGACGCCAUCGACACCACUCACACCACUCCCUCAGACUCCCAGUGUCAUCAUCCCCAGCAGCCUGCACGCCGUGGGGCCUGUUCGCAAACGCUACUCUGACAAAUGCAACCUGGCUAUGGACCAAGACAUUGUGCAGAAUAAGGAGUUCUAUUUGAGCACUGAGGUCAGACCCCCGUUUACAUAUGCAGCUUUGAUAAGGCAGGCGAUUUUUGAGUCCCCAGAAAAGCAGCUAACACUAAACGAAAUCUACAACUGGUUCACUCGAACCUUUGCGUAUUUUAGACGCAACGCAGCAACUUGGAAGAAUGCAGUACGGCAUAACCUCAGUCUCCACAAGUGCUUUGUGAGAGUGGAGAAUGUGAAAGGAGCUGUUUGGACUGUGGAUGAACUGGAGUUUCAGAAGAGAAGACCUCAGAAGAUCACUGGAUCACCCUCUCUGGUGAAGAACAUCCAGUCAAGUCUUGGCCAGAGCCCUGCUCUGUCUGCUCUGCAAGCUGUGAUGGUGGACAGCAGCUUGCCGCUGUACGGUUCUGCCUCUGUAGGAGGCUCCAGCCUCAAGACUCUGGCCAGCAUAAUGCAUGAAGAACUGAGUGCUCAUGAGCAUGACGAUGGCUCCCACAGUGACUCCAGCCUUGAUUUGUCUCCUAUGUCUGCUCUACAACAUGCUGGACUUAAAGGGCAGCAAAUGGAGAGCGAGUACUUGGAUAGCUCCAUGUCUCCAGAGAUGGGAGAUGGACACAGCCCUGAUAUGGAUCAUGAAAUGGAUUAUCCUGAAGAGCACGAGCCGCACACUGCUCAUCCCAUUGCGUUUUCUUGAAGCCCAGCCAUUCCACAGCCACUUAACCAGCUAAUCAGUGUACCAGCAGACUUGGAGAAUGUCCACAUAUUCCACUUGGGAACAAACUAUUUAUUCUUGGAGCUACCUGUCAUCAUUUUUUUUGUAUGCAGGGGAUUGACCUCAACGGUACUAAAGGGCUUCUCUGUGUCGAGCUCACACACGUAACGGUUAGCCCAUAGACUAGCAGAGGAUGUUCAGGGCUAUUCAGCUAUUGCUUAUGUGUCUUGAGUCUACAAUUUAAAAUAAAAUAAGCACUACACACUACCUAGAUGGAGAACCUAAUCACUGUAAUCAGGUGAUUUAUGUUAUGAUUAUCGCAAAUACUAUUUUUGACACUAGAAGCACCUAGGACCAGACUUUGUUCAGUUUUACUGUAGUAUGUGUAGGAACUCUGGGAACUUUAAUUCGCCCUGCGUCUUCUCGCAUCUGCUAAACUGUUUUUAAUCACCACUGCCUCAAAACGAUGCGGUUAGUCACCAUAUUGAGUCACAUUUGACCUAAAUUAUGUGCCUGCCCAUUAAUUAUAGGUCUGCUCACUGAAGUUGUGAAUGUCUUUUGAACUUUGCUUUCUUUUUUUUUCUUUUCUUUUCUUUUCUUAGUAGAAUCAAAACCAAAGGGGAACAUUUUAUAACUAGCACUUGAUGAAUUUAUUUUUUAAUUAUUAGAAUUUUUUUUUGUCUGUUUCCACUUAUUUGUAUAGAAUGUUACGAUAUUAAAAUACAUAGAAACAUCCCAACAGAAUGGCCAAAAUGUUUGUUCUAUUGAUGGAGUCACAGUGAGUUACAGCAAAUGUCUGUGUAUUUGUGUGGAACAACAUUUUUGGCUAGUUAUUCUGUAGGUGUUCUUCCCCUGCUAAUAGAUCUCAGCAACAGUUACCAAAGAUUGUAAAUUGCUUUUUAUGAUACGUACUUUGUUUACAUGGUCCCUUUUGAUAUACCCGCAACUGAAAUGUUUGCCUUACAGCUAAGUCGGGACUCAGUGGACUGUGCUGAGUGUCCUUAACGUUGCAUGGAACGUGUAAUGUUUAAACCUGAUUGGACAUAAAGAAUGAAAAACUAUGAAAA